UCUUAAUAUAUUUUAAAAUCCCAGCUACGGUCACACUGCACCUCUAAAAAAGCCGCAAGUAAAUUAUUUUCUACUAAUUUAAAGAGAAAAAAAAAACAAUAGAAAUGCCGGAACCAGCGGAAAAAAGCACAGAAUCCAACUUGCCGACGUACGACUUGUCAAAGUUCCGGCUAAAGCGCAUACUAAGCAACAAUAGUGUACGGAAAAGCAUUUCCCUGCUCGGCACUUUCCCAGACCUUUCGGAAACGGACGACGCUAUUGUUGUUUUCGAGAAAAAUGCCUAUAGGGAAAGCGACGUCGCCACUCAGCCGCUCUCCGAGGAAUCACCGAAGAAACCGAGCUAUUUUAGCGCAGACCUCAAGGUGGACACCGAGUUUGUUAACAAUAUAUACGGCAGUUAUCAGGUUGUGCCCAGCAGAGAUCUAUGUGGAGUCAAAAGUACUGUCAUAUAUCCCGCAACGGACAAACAUAUCGAGAAGUAUUCCAUUUGCCAAAAGUACCUCAUUCGGGAGACUCCAGAGCUCUACGAAAAGAUAACUCUUCCUUACCUCUCCUCAAGCCAAUUCUCCUUGGAGUGGGUGUACAACAUACUCGAGCACAAGCAGGAGACGGAGAGGAUCGUUUUCGAGGACAAGGAUCCGGAGACUGGCUUCAUCCUGCUGCCCGAUCUCAAAUGGGACGGGCGGAAUGUAGAGAACUUGUACCUGCUAGGCAUCGUCCAUAAGCAUGAUCUAAAAUCGCUUCGUGAUCUAAAUGCUAGCCACCUGGAUCUACUGCGUAACCUGCGUCAGUCGGCAAAGGACGCUAUCUUCAAGCGCUACGGCCUAAAUCCCAACCAGCUGCGCAUGUACUUCCACUAUCAGCCGUCCUUCUACCACCUGCAUGUCCACAUCAAUCCGGUGCGAAACGACGCACCCGGAAUUUGGUGCGAAAAGUCUCACAUGCUGGACACAGUGAUCAACAACCUGGAGCUUCUGCCGGAUUAUUAUCAGCGAGCCACUUUACCUUUUGUCCUUUAUGAGGGCAACAAGCUCUUGGAGCUAUAUGAAAAGGAGCAACCGGUUCGAGUGGUGGUCCCGGCAGAGAGUGAAUCGGAGAAGGCUACGGUUGCGGCAUCGGAAGAGGGUUUCAGCGAUGACGAGCCAGAAGAGAGGCAGUGCAAGCGCAUUAAGUUGGCCGCCACUCCGGAGCCAAAGGAAGUCGAAGCUCCAGCACAGGCGUGUGCUUAAUUAUAAACUUAGUCGGGGUGCCACAGAAAUACUUUGAGUGCUUUUCAUCAGUGAUAGGCACCAAUGCAUUUGUAUGAGUAAGAAAAAAAAGCAAAGGUUGCUUAAUUUAUAGUGUAAGUGUACGGCAGAGGGUCGGCAGAGAAAUUUGCUGACCCAAAAAUGGCUGCAAGAACAUACAUAUGUACAUAUGUAAGUUGCCAAUUUCAAUGAAUUUCCAAAGCAAAUAGGUUUCUGUGGGUACCCCUUUACCUUAUAUUAUCAUUAAGCAGAAAGUCAAUGAAAUUUGAUAAAAAUGGAUUCUACCAAAGGCCUUAUAAUAACAAGAUACGAUACUUUUGAAUUGUUAGCACAAAAUCAAGCAAGAACACUCACUAAAUGGUUUAUCGUAUGCCGUUACUCACCUUGUUAUUUUAAGGUCUUUAAUAAUACCCCAUGCGGGUAGCUACAUAACUACUCAAAUGUCGAGUUAGAAUAGGAUUCCACUGAAUUAUCAUAUGCUUUCUAUUACAAACAAAAUAAAAUAAUUUGUUUUGAACUAA